AUGUCUGAAUACACCCAGAAACCAAUCACACCACCUCAAUCGGAGUCUACUCCAAUUGAGAUAGACACAACUUCAGAUGAAGUCAAGGAAAUAUAUACCCUUGCAGACACAAUCAGGGACGACGUAUUUGCGGUCGACGCCCUUACUGAAGCCAACGACUUGACUGUUCUCCGCGCUCAACUUUCUUCAGAUCAACUUGUCAAUGAUUCAGACGUGUUACAUACUGAAGAGUUGAUUGAGCAAAGUAGAAUAGAAGAGGAGGAGGAGGAGGAAAGUGAAGGAAGUGUGUAUGAAGUUAAUGUCUGGCUGAUUUUACAAAAGGGUGCGAUCAAUUUAGUGUUGCCAUUCAUUAACGGAAUGAUGUUGGGGUUUGGUGAGAUAUUGGCUCAUGAAGUUGGGUUUAGAUAUGGUUGGCUUGGUGCUAAAGUGGAACCAGAAGGCAGGGUGAGAAAAAGAGAACAAGAACGUCAACAACAACAACAACAACAACUGCAGCUGCUGACUUCAAGGUUUUUGUGA